AUGACCGGCCCGCCUCUGCCAGCCAAAGGCCUCCCCCGACAUUACGCCAACGCCAAUGUAUCCCACUCGCUGGUUGCCAGCGGCGACCUGCGCACCAGCAUCGGUCUGGAUCAGCGCCGCCACACCGUCCUCGGGCUGAUCCGAGGCCGCUUGAACCGGUCCAAGGCCCUGGUGGUGCUGGACCCUCAGCCGAUCGCCGCCCCCGAGCCCUUGCGGGUGGGUGUCGAUGACUUUGCCGACACCUCGCUGGACGAGCUGCACCACCUGACCCUCUCCGAUGACAACACCCUGUACCUGCUGCUAUUGCUCGAAUACCAGGACCUGCUGGUCGCCGACGCCCGCCGCCAGUCACAAUUCGUCUUCAGCGAGCUGUUCGACGAACUGGCGUCGACCACCGCCACUGCGUCCGUCGCCACCGCUCCCACUGCUGCCAUAUCAAAAGUGGCAGUUCCUGCUCGAGCGCGACUGGGAAGUGCAGCGCUGGGUCACUCCCGCCGGCGACAGCCCCCAGGAACCUCCGCCCCGCCGCGCCCGGUGCCAGCGGUGAUCGAUACCACCCUCGCCAACGCCUUGGCAGUCUCGGGGGCACCAAAACUCGUCCAGAGUCCCGACCGCCUGCUGGGACUGUCGCUGCUGAAACUGCUUCAAUUUCGCCUAAAUCAGGACAAGCUUGUGCCCGUCGAAUCUAGUCGCAGCGGCGGCACUGAUUCCGGGACGCCGCCGAUGCCCCCGCCUACCAACACCGAAGCAGGCGGGUCCCGCUUAGUGACACCGCCUAGUGAACCUCCCAGCGGCCGCACCCUGGCCCUCUAUCAACAUGGCAACCGUGAUUCCCACCAGCUGCUGACAGAUGACCUGGACACUCGGUUGCCCGAUCCCGAUGUGCUGAGUACGAACACCCCUUCUCUAUCGACACCACGCUACCCGCAACGCCCCGACUGGCUGGGUGAACUGGCUGUGGGGCCACGGCCGCUGCUGGGUGAGCUGGUCGGGGUGGUUCGCUCAGAGUCGCAGAAGUCGUCGGCUUCCCCGAUGGCUCCCAUGGUGACGGUGGCCACCCUGGGGUCGGUGCCGAAGCUGCCGCUGAUGCUCCGAUUUUCCCAUGGUAGUGACUCGAUGGCGGAAGUGCUGCGUGACACAAUCCGGCUGCUGAUGUCGCUGGGUGAGUUACUUACGCGGCUCGAAAACUACUACGAGGGCGACGCUGAACCCGUCCCAGAGGAAGUCUUGCUACCUCGAAGACGCGUGGCGCCCCCGCUUACGACAAUCAAGUUCGCCCACGAUGAGUUGCGGGGAACGGAAACCGAUCUCACUGCGGGAGUCGACGCGGAGUCCGAGCUUCCCAUCACUAUUUAUAAGGUCCAGGGCAAGGACUACGAUGAGCUGACGCAGAGGUGGCUGGUGUACGAGCACAAUCGAACCAGAGCAUCGGCUACCUCCGGUAACGUCAUAAACGCCCCGCCGCGCCAACUGCUGAGUGAAUCACUCAGUGUAGGUGACACUCCCGACGCGACUGUGUCUCAACUGGGAGCACUGUCGCUGCCCCAUGUUGCCAAGGUACUGCCCCCUGGCCAUCCAUACACGCUGGCUAGUUAUCCUGUGAGCACAGGAACCGUCGGUGGCACUCGUCUGGAGCUGCACCGGCUGUCGUUGGCAUCUAGCCGUGCGGUACAGGCGCCGGCACUGGCAGCAGCGCUUGCGGCGGCGGUGGCGGCUACCCCGCUGACCGGCCAAAGCCAUCUGACCCAUACCACCCAAACGCCGCUGUCACAAUACACAGCACUGACUCCCAGCCAGUUGCGGAAUGUGAUAUUGCCUCCGACUCCAGCACCAUUGAAAAGCCUGGUGUCUCCGGCGCUGGCGCUGGCGCUGGUGCUGCGCCAACUGCCACUGGCAAAACAAGAACGUGUCGAUCCCAUUACAGAGCUGCGCACGCCGUCACCUCAUGUCCAACAUCCACAACAGCUGGUCGUACUGGACCACUCACCUCAAGAACAAUCACCAGCCCAUAUGUUUGGCGGUUCGCCUAACGUCGAGCCAUUUGCCAUAGACCUUUCCACCAUUGAGAAGGGGUGGCUGCCGCAUCUGGUGUACCGAGAUACUCCCAAAACUUACCUGUGGGGUCACUGGCUCGUAAUGAUGGUACUUGGGUUGAUCAUCAUCCCUAUCCACUUUAUGAUUUUUCUCGGUGUCUUAGAUCGCGACCCUCUGGCUCAUCAUCAAUACCUGGCUAUGUUUUACAGCGCCCCAAUGGGGAAGAAGCCUCGCACUGAAAAGUACACCAAGGCUCAGAAAAUAGCGUCGGCGGUAAUAGGGGUGUGUUGGCUAGCUAUCGUUAUUGCUAUGAUCAUUGUCGGCUUGGUGGUAGGUCUCACCACGAGAUGA